CUGCCGAGGCUGUGCACCGCAGACAGCGCGAGGGGGAGCGAGCGAGCGGGCGCGGCCGGGUUCCGCAGCCCUGGCGCCCGCCGCCUCCCGCAGCCCCGCAAUAUGCCUCCGUGGCUCCCUGGCUCUUCGCCAUGGCGAGGCUCUGCCGGCGCGUCCCCUGCGCCCUGCUCCUCGGCCUGGCCGCGGUGCUGCUGAAGGCGCGGCUGGUCCCCGCGGCCGCUAGAGCGGAACUCAGCCGCUCUGACCUCAGCCUCAUCCAGCAGCAGCAGCAGCAGCAGCUGCAAGAGCAAAAGCAGCGGGAGGAGGCAGAGGAGGAGAGGCCGGAGGUGCCUGGGGCAUCCUCUACUUUGGUGGCUCCAGUGUCUGUAUUUAUGCUGAAAGUCCAGGUCAAUGACAUCAUCAGUCGCCAGUAUCUGAGUCAAGCAGUUGUGGAGGUGUUUGUUAACUACUCAAAGACGAAUUCUACAGUCACGAGAAGCAAUGGAGCAGUAUUGAUAAAAGUGCCCUAUCAGUUAGGACUCAGCUUAACCAUCAUUGCUUACAAAGAUGGCUACGUCUUGACAUCUCUGCCCUGGAAAACUGGAAGGAUGCCAAUAUACUCUUCAGUUACACUUUCACUGUUCCGGCAAAGCCAAGCAAAUAUAUGGCUCUUUGAAGACACCGUUUUGAUUACAGGAAAAUUAGCCGAUGCCAAAUCUCAACCAAGUGUUCAGUUUUCAAAAGCCUUCAUUAAACUUCCUGGCAACCAUCACAUCAGCAACGUGACUGGCUAUCUAACAGUUCUCCAACAGUUUUUAAAGGUGGACACUUUUCUGCCUGCGAUUGGAGUCACUUAUAAAUCAGGUUUGGAAAACGUUGAGUUGACUCCUCACGCUGCAGUAUGUGUGAAAAUAUACUCUGGAGGAAAAGAAUUAGAGGUGGACGGCUCUGUCCAUGUUUCUCUUCCUCUUCUACAUACAAGUAAUGUAAAAGUAGGAGAUCGGAUACCUGCUUGGACAUUUGAUAUGAACGCAGGUGUUUGGGUGCAUCACGGCUGGGGAACAGUCAAGGAGCAUAACAGUCACUUGAUUUGGACCUAUGAUGCACCACAUUUGGGCUACUGGAUAGCAGCUCCAUCCCCAGCCACUAUAGAUUUCGGCAUAAAUGAUGAUUUCCAAGACAUCACUGCCUACCACACAGUGUUCCUUACAGCCAUAUUAGGGGGAACGAUUGUCAUCAUCAUUGGUUUUUUUGCUGUACUGCUUUGUUAUUGCAGGGGAAAAUGUGGAACACCACAGAAAAGAGAGAGAAAUAUCACGAAGCUUGAGAUCCUCAAGAGAGAUCAGACAACGUCAACAACACACAUAAAUCAUAUCAGUUCAGUCAAAGCUGCAUUAAAAGCUGAAGAUAAACCACAGUUGUUUAAUGCCAAAACUUCCUCCUACAGUCCCCAGAGAAAGGAAACCACAAAAACGGAGGCAGAAGAAAGAAUUUCCAUGGUGAAAACUCGGGAUAACUUUAAAAUCUACAAUGAAGAUGUUUCCUUUCUGUCAGUCAAUCACAAUAAUUAUUCAAGAAACCCAACACAGUCUUUGGAGCCCAGUAUAGGGAGCAAACAACCUAAGCAUAUUAACAACAAUCUCUCCCCGUCGCUAGGGGACGCUCAAGAGGAAAAGAGAUACCUUACCGGGACCGAAGAGGUCUAUGGGCGUUCCCACAUUUCAGAGCAGCUCAUGCACAUCUACAGCCAGCCUAUUGCCAUCCUUCAGACAUCAGACCUUUUCUCCAUGCCAGAGCAGUUACAUGCCGCUAAGUCUGCCACUUUACCAAGAAAGGGACAAUUGGUCUAUGGCCAACUGAUGGAACCAGUGAACAGAGAGAACUUCACACAAACAUUGCCCAAAAUGCCGAUGCAUUCUCACGUCCAGGCCCCAGAUGCCAGAGAAGAAGACAUUGUACUUGAAGGUCAGCAGAGCUUGCCAUCCCAGACCUCAGAUUGGAGUCGAUAUUCCAACAGCUUGUUGGAGUCUGUGUCUGUUCCUGGAACUCUAAAUGAAGCAGUUGUGAUGACCCCCUUUUCAUCGGAACUUCAAGGGAUUUCAGAGCAGACCCUCCUGGAGCUGUCCAAAGGCAAGCCCUCUCCGCAUCCCAGGGCUUGGUUUGUGUCUCUUGACGGAAAGCCUGUGGCCCAAGUGAGACACUCCUUUAUAGACCUGAAAAAAGGCAAGAGAACCCAGAGCAAUGAUACGAGUCUAGACUCCGGGGUGGAUAUGAAUGAGCAUCAGUCAAGCAGAAAGCUGGAGAGGGAGAAAACGUUCAUCAAGAGCAUGCAUCAGCCCAAGAUCCUUUACCUGGAAGAUUUAGACCUGAGCAGCAGCGAGAGUGGGACCACCGUCUGUUCCCCGGAGGACCCCGCAUUGAGGCACAUCUUAGAAGGGGGAAGCGGGGUUAUUAUCGAGCACCCCGGGGAGGAGUCUCCAGGAAGGAAAAGCACUGUGGAAGAUUUUGAAGCCAACACAUCCCCCACUAAAAAAAGAGGCAGGCCACCGCCACUAGCCAAAAGAGAUAGCAAGAGUAACAUCUGGAAGAAACGAGAGGAACGCCCACUGAUGCCCCUAAACUAAUUGUGAGAGCCGUGUUUCUCUGGAGUCUCUGCUUCUUGUAAAUCGCAGUGUGAACUUCUUAGGAAGCUGGGACUAAGCAAUCUCAUGGGCCAUCUCAAGCAAAGUGGAUGGUAAAAUAGGAAUUCAGAAAUCAGAAAUGCUUUUUCUGACUUGUUCCAUUUUUUCCCAUUGUUUUGGUUUUGGGUGAUGAAGUUAUCACAAUGUAAAAUAAUGUAAAGAUGUUAUCUGAAAAUGUAGCUUGGUUUGCCAACUGGUACUGGCUCUUAAGACUACAGCUGUGAAAUGUGUACUGCAGUUGCUUUCCAAAAUCUUGCCUCUGCCUUGGUCUUAGAAAGGCAGGUGUCUCCAUGCCUCUUCCUCGUGCACUGUGACUGUGAAACCCUUUCCUGCCUAUGCUUAGAAACAACCUGGUAAAUGUGUGUGUGGAUGGUAAAGACCAAACAGCAUUUUCAUAUUUAAGAUUAAUGGUUUGUGGGUUGUUGCCACCAAAGUAAAUCCUGUGCUCCCAUAACAUGGGCAGGAAGCCCCCAGUUCAUUAGAGAAGGAGACCCAAUUCUGGUUAUUUGGGGACAUAGGCUUAUAGAGUAAAUAAGAUAUUGAUUUGUUAUGUAGAAAUCUGAGAAAUGAAAGCCCUGAUAUUGUCUUUUUAUUUCAAAUGAAGUGAACUUAGUUGACAGCUGAGAGGUGGCUUUGACUUUUAAGGUUCACGAAUCCGUAAGGGCGGAAAUUGGUUUUUAAUAUUUUUUGUCAUCUCCUCCAUUCCAAAGCAGUCAUUUAGAGACUAUCAAAUCUGAUUUAAAAAUAUAAGAAUUUGGAAUGCCAAAAAAAAUGAAUAGACUGUGGAGACAAAGAGAAAUGGGUAUUCUGUAUAAUUGGGCAGGAAAAGAAAGACCAGUUUCCAGAUAUUAAAAAAAAAA